AGGUUGUCGAAUCCACUCUGUUGUUUCCAACAACAUGGACUCUGUCAGAUCCGGAAUCUUCUAUGAAGAGGACUCCCUUGACGUGAGAGCACAUGAAUCCGGCGAUGAAGAACGUCAUUGGGGUGCUGCAAAGCUCUCAUCGAGCAGAGGCCGUCAAUCCCUUCCACAUGUCGAAAUAUCCGCAGACAUCAGCGUCGUCGACACCAUUUCCCGCACUGUCUUGACCCAAAUAUUCACGAACAAUACCGAUGCUACAAUUAAUCGCUCGUCCUACUGCUUUCCACUGUACAGCGGAUCCGUGGUUACAUCUUUUUACUGCUGGUUUGCAGACGAGCGAAUUGAAGGCGUAGUAAAGCCGAAGGACGAGGCUAGACAACAAUUUCGCGAAGCUGUCGAGAAACAACGUGCCGCAACUCUUCUCGAAGAGCACACUCCCGAAGUUUUCGAGACCGCUCUCGGGAACAUUCCCCCUCGAACCGAGGUGAAGGUGGAGAUCGUAUAUGUGACGGAACUCAAAGCCGACCUGAGCGGAGACGGUAUACUCGUUACGGUCCCUUCGUCGGUUGCUCCUCGAUACGGCGCUCUUCCAGACGACUUCAGCAACACCACCAUGACAUCCGGUGAGGUAUAUACAGCAAGAGGAAUGAAGAUUCAGAUCAAUGUUGUUGCUCCUAUACCUAUCCGAGCACUCAAUUGUCGGACACAUCCAAUCUCUGUUGAGCUUGGGUCCUCUGACUGUUCCAUGCCAACGACUUUCUUUCGUGGCACGUCAAAUUCGCACUCUCAACCAAGGUUCGACAACCGGAAGGCACGGGCGACUCUUUCAGAUAGGACCGCUGUCUUGAACCUCGAUUUCGUCCUCUUCGUUUCGGUGGCACCGUCGGCGGAUAUUGGCGUUCCAAACCUACUUGCCCCCCGUGCAAUUAUGGAGACUUGCUCGAAAUUCCCUGGCUAUAAAGCAGUAAAGGUGGCGUUUACGCCCAGGGACCUAUUCGCAUCGCAGACUACGAUGAGCGGAUCUGGACUGGAGACACUUCUCCUCAUCGAUCGCUCCGGCUCAAUGGGACCAAAAAUGGAAGCCUUGAAGAGAGCCGUUCGUUUGCUCUUGCAAAAGCUACCCGCCGAAUCGCCCUUUAACAUCUGUUCGUUCGGGUCGACGUUCGAGAAACUCUGGCCUCAUUCACAGCCUCUAACACAGGCAUAUCUUGAGGAGGCUCAACAAUUCCUAUCAAGUGCAUCAGCGAACCUUGGUGGCACAGAGAUCUUAUCAGCACUCCAGCACACCCUUCGGAGCAGGCACGCAGACCAGACUCAGAUUGUAGUCCUUACUGACGGCGAGGUUUGGGCCGUUGAAUCGGUCAUCGAAUGUGUCCGCUCCGCGAAGACCGAGCUACAAGAUAAGGUUCGCUUCUUUGCAUUGGGAAUAGGAGACAGAGUUUCGCAUCAGAUGAUAGAGGGCAUUGGAAGACAUGGUGGCGGAUUUGCUGAAGUCGUUAUAGUCGAUUCGCCCACCAAUUGGGACGACCAAGUUCUUCGGCUGGCCAAUGGCUUGCUUACUCGCUCGGAGUGGAUAUGCAGCGUCAGACUUCAGGACCACCGGGACCAGUCAUCGCCUCAAUUAGGGUUAUCACUUCGAGAUGCUGAUUCCAGGGUGGAUUCAUGCAAAGUUCUUCGGGCGCCCCAUAAGAUACCUACCCUACACGGACUUUCCCGACGACUGAUCUAUUUCCUUGUCCCACCCUCGGCGUCCGAGUAUGAUAGCGUUGUCAUAGAGGAUGCCCUAUCGACAAGCCUCAGAAAAGAGAUCCCCAUCGAGCGCGUCGAAGUACAGGAGCCGAUGAUACACAUCCUGGCGGCCAAGGCAGUAAUGCAUGACUUGGAGAUAGGUCAGAGCUGGAUGCAUGACGAGACUCCGGUGCAUAGCGACGUGGUCUUAGAAGCACAACACAUUGGCACUCAAUGGAGCGUUCCUGGAAAAUGGACGAGCUUUGUUGGGGUUAGCUCAUCCCAGACCUUAAAACACUUUAGCAGGAUAUAUCGAUACGAACUUGCCGAGUUGACCCGACCGCGGCCGCGUCAUAACAUUAGCCUUGGACUAUCACCUAGAAGGGAUUCCUCAAUUUGGGAUAUCCCACUUGGAGCACCCCGAACUGAUGGCCACUCGAUUACACCUCGCGCGGGCCGCGAUGGCGCUCCUGGUCCUCCUCGUCCUCCUGGCUCUCCUGGCCCUCCUGGCAACGAUGGCCCUCCUGGUGCUCCUGGUGCUCCUGGCCGCGAUGGCCUUUUUGGCCCUCCUGGCCGCGAUGGCGCUCCUGGCGCGCCUGGCCCUCCUGGUCCUCGUGGUCCUCUUGGCUGCGAUGGCUGUGAUGGCCUUCCUGGCCCUCCUGGCCCUCCGGGCUAUCCUGGCUCUCCUGGCUCUCCUGGCUCUCCUGGCUCUCCUGGCCCUCCUGGUCCUCCUGGCUGUCCUGGCCAUCCUAGCCUCGAUGGCCUUUUGGUCCUUCUAGCCGCGAUGGCCAUCUUAGCCCUUCUUGCCCUUCUGGCCGUGAUAGCCCUUCUGGCCGCAAUGGCCCUUCUGGCCCUUCUGGCCCUUCUGGCCCUUCUGGCCGCGAUGGCCGUCCUGGAGUGAUGCCAGACACCAGUAUGAGUCGCUACACGGCCAGUGCUCCGAGCUCUCGUCCGAGUCGCCCACGCAAUUACUCACUCCGAAAUUCAAUGCGAAAUGUAAUGUGAAAUGAGACGCCCACGCGCGAAAAUGGCUUCAAUGACUCCACCCUAUCAACCGCCGUCAGUUUCCAUGUACCAACCC